AUGUCCAUCCAUACGGCCUUCUUAUUCCUUCUCGUUGCCAUCUACAUCUCUUCCACUCUGGCACAAAAUACAGGGGACGAUGGCAGAGUAACGUACAUAAUUCACAUACAACCAGACCCAACCAUUGAUCCACCCUCCACCAGAGAGGACCGUGAGCAAUGGUACAAAUCCUUCUUGCCAGCCACCUCCAAUGGCCAACCUCAGCUUAUCUAUUCAUACAACACCGUCAUUAGUGGCUUUGCUGCUAGACUAACCAAGGAAGAGCUAGAAGCCAUAAAGAACAAGUCCGGUUUCAUUCAUGUCAUGCCUGAUCGCUUGUUCCACUUGACAACCACUCACAGCCCCAGUUUCCUUGGCCUCCAUAAAUCUUCUCCUGGAUUCUGGGAAAGCUCCAACUAUGGCAAGGGAGUCAUCAUUGGAGUGUUAGACACUGGAGUCACACCAGAUCACCCUUCCUUCAGUGACCAAGGCAUGUGUUCACCGCCAACCAAAUGGAAAGGUGUAUGUGAGUUCAGGCCAUCUAAUUGCAACAACAAGCUCAUCGGAGCGAGAACCUUAUUGAAAGGAAUAAACGCCACCCGGACAAUAGAAUUUUUUUCGGCACGAGAGCCUUAUGAUAAAAACGGCCAUGGCACGCACACGGCCAGCACCGCAGCCGGCAUGUUCGUCAAGAAUGCCAACAUCAACGGACUAGCUAAUGGAACAGCAGCCGGGAUAGCACCCCACGCUCACCUUGCCAUCUAUAAGGUGUGUGCCGAUGAUUUCUGUGCUAGCUCUGAUAUACUAGCUGGGUUUGAUCAAGCUGUAGACGACGGUGUAGAUAUACUCUCUGUUUCUAUAGCAGCAGAGUCAUCUAAUUUCUAUGAAGAUAGUGCUGCAAUAGGGGCUUUCGGUGCCAUGGAGAAAGGUGUUUUUGUUAGCUUAGCAGGUGGGAAUGAUGGCCCAUUCGAUAGCACAGUGUCAAAUGAAGCACCCUGGGUUAUGACUGUGGGCGCAAGCACCAUGGAUAGAGACCUAAGAUCUACUGUAAAGCUUGGUGACCACCAUGUGUUCAAAGGACAGACAGCCUACCAGCCUAAAAGCUUCAAGUCAUCUUCUCUGUCUUUAGUUUACCCAGUUUCCACCUUAUCCAUAAUGCUUCAACCUGCAGCACCAGUGAGACUCUUUCAUGGCAUUGAUGUCAAGGGAAUGGUCGUGCUAUGCGAUGAAGGAGAUAACACUGAAGUAGAGAAAGGAAAGAAUGUCAAGAACGCUGGAGGAGCAGCCAUGAUCAUUGCUAAUGUCCCAAUUGAAGGGUACACGACCUUCGCCGACACUCAUGUGCUCCCCGUAGCACACUGGCCUACUUCUCUUCCAGAGGCCCGAGCCUAG